AUGCCUGCCUUAGCUUAUGUCGAUACUCCCUUUGUGCCUACGGGCUACGCUUUCUCCGGUGAUGGCUCUCUUCCCACCGCCGGCGACGUGUUCAUGCCGGCGUCACCAACUUCCGCUGCCGCCGUCGUUGACAGCUCCUGCCGCUGGUCUUCGUCUCGCUCCUCUUCUCUCUAUCGGAUCGACGGAUGGGGAGCUCCUUAUUUCAUCGCCAAUUCGUCCGGUAACAUCUCUGUUCGUCCACAUGGGUCCGAAACUUUGCCUCACCAGGAGAUCGAUCUGCUGAAAAUCGUUAAGAAGGUGACGGAUCCGAAAUCCUCCGGUGGUCUGGGAUUGCAGCUCCCGCUCAUCGUCCGGUUCCCUGAUGUAUUGAAGAACAGGCUCGAGUGCCUCCAGUCUGCGUUUGAUUUCGCGAUUCAGAGUCAGGGAUACAAUUCCCAUUACCAAGGUGUUUACCCGGUGAAAUGCAACCAGGAUCGCUUCGUUGUCGAGGACAUCGUCAAAUUCGGAUCUCCUUUCCGAUUUGGAUUGGAAGCUGGCUCUAAACCGGAGAUCCUCCUCGCCAUGAGCUGCUUGUGCAAAGGUAACCCCGAUGCAUUUCUCGUCUGUAAUGGCUUUAAAGACGCCGAGUACAUUUCAUUGGCUCUGCUUGGGAGAAAACUGGCGUUGAACACCAUGAUUGUGCUCGAGCAAGAAGAAGAGCUUGAUCUGGUGAUCGAUCUUAGCCAGAAGAUGAACGUGAGGCCCGUGAUUGGGUUACGUGCCAAGCUGAGAACCAAACACGCUGGACAUUUCGGUUCAACUUCAGGUGAGAAGGGCAAAUUCGGAUUGACCACUACACAGAUUGUUCGUGUCGUGAGGAAGCUGAGCCAAUCUGGUAUGCUCGACUGUCUCCAGCUCCUGCAUUUUCACAUUGGGUCACAGAUUCCAUCGACGGCGUUGCUCUCUGGCGGUGUCGCCGAGGCUGCUCAGCUUUACUGCGAACUCGUGCGUCUCGGUGCUCAUAUGAAAGUUAUCGAUAUCGGUGGUGGUUUGGGGAUUGACUACGACGGGUCUAAAUCUGGAGAAUCGGAUCUAUCUGUUGCCUAUACUCUCGAGGAGUAUGCUCAAGCUGUCGUAGCUUCCGUCCGGUUUGUAUGUGACCGGAGAUCAGUGAAACAUCCGGUGAUAUGCAGUGAAAGCGGAAGAGCAAUAGUCUCUCAUCAUUCCGUGCUCAUCUUCGAAGCUGUUUCGGCGGUUAAGCCAAUGGCUCAUCAUGCGAACCCGGAUGAUAUUCAGUUUCUCCUCGAUGGCGAGGAAGCUCGAGCUAAGUACGAGGAUCUAUACGCGGCUGUGAUGCGUGGAGACCACGAAAGCUGCCUCCUUUAUGUCGACCAGCUGAAGCAGGGAUGUGUCGAAGGCUUCAAAGAUGGUGUUUUGAGCAUCGAGCAGUUAGCUUCCGUUGAUGGGUUAUGCGAGUGGGUGUUGAAUGCAAUAGGCGCAGCGGAUCCGGUUCAAACAUACAAUAUCAAUUUAUCCGUCUUCACUUCGAUUCCUGAUCUCUGGGGGAUUGAUCAGCUUUUUCCUAUAGUUCCUAUCCAUAAGCUUGACCAAAGGCCAGGGGCUCGAGGGAUCUUGUCGGACCUAACGUGCGACAGCGACGGGAAGAUUGACAAGUUCAUAGGCGGCGAGACCAGCUUGCCGUUGCACGAGCUGGACAACAACGGCGGUGGUGGAGGAAGGUACUUUUUGGGUAUGUUCCUUGGAGGGGCUUACGAGGAGGCGCUUGGUGGAGUCCACAAUCUGUUUGGUGGGCCAAGCGUUGUCCGCGUCUCGCAGAGCGAUGGACCACACAGCUUUGCGGUGACCCGAGCGGUGCCUGGCCAGUCCUCUGCGGAUGUCCUCCGAGCAGUGCAGCAUGAGCCCGAGCUAAUGUUUCAGACGCUAAAGCACCGAGCGGAGGAGGUGAUGCAGACCAAAGGCGGUAGCGAUGAAGGCGAAGAAGAAGAAGACGACGAUGAGUUCAACAAUGUCGCGGCCUGUCUCGAUCGUUCAUUCCACAACAUGCCGUAUCUGGCGACGGAGCCGGCAUCUCCUUGCAACUCUCUUUCAGCUGCGAUCAGUAACCUCGGCUUUUACUACUGCGACGAAGAUGGUGGCUUCGAUUACCUCUCUGCUUAA